GGCCCGCAGCGGGUUAAGCGCCGCCCGCGCGGAGAGGGCUGAGCCCCGAGCCGCCGCUCCGAGCUCGCAUUCGGAUCCGCUAGAGCAGGAAGAUGGCGACGGACGGCGCGAGCUGCGAGCCCGACUUGUCCCGCGCCCCCGAAGACGCAGCAGGGGCUACGGCGGAGGCGGCGAAAAAAGAGUUUGAUGUGGACACCCUCAGUAAAUCAGAGCUGCGGAUGCUGCUGAGUGUGAUGGAAGGGGAGCUGGAGGCCAGAGACCUCGUCAUUGAGGCCCUGCGGGCUCGCAGGAAGGAGGUGUUUAUCCAGGAACGGUAUGGGAGAUUUAAUCUAAACGACCCAUUCUUGGCACUCCAGAGAGACUAUGAAGCAGGUGCUGGUGACAAAGAGAAGAAACCCGUUUGUACCAAUCCCCUCUCCAUCCUUGAAGCAGUCAUGGCCCACUGCAGAAAAAUGCAAGAAAGAAUGUCCACACAGCUGGCUGCUGCUGAGAGCAGACAAAAGAAGCUCGAAAUGGAAAAGCUUCAGCUGCAAGCCCUGGAGCAGGAGCACAAGAAGCUGACUGCCCGCCUUGAGGAGGAGCGGGGUAAGAACAAGCACGUGGUCCUGAUGCUCCUGAAGGAGUGCAAGCAGCUCUCAGGCAAAGUCAUAGAGGAGGCACAGAAGCUGGAAGAAGCCAUGGCUAAACUGGAGGAGGAGAAGAAGAAAAUGAACGAAUUAGAAGAGGAACUCUCCACUGAGAAACGGAGAAGCACAGAAAUGGAAGCUCAGAUGGAAAAACAACUCUCUGAGUUUGAUACAGAACGGGAACAGCUGCGUGCCAAGCUGAGCCGAGAAGAAGCACACACCACUGACCUCAAAGAGGAGAUAGACAAGAUGAAGAAGAUGAUUGAGCAACUGAAAAGGGGAAGUGACAGCAAACCAAGCCUCUCUCUCCCACGAAAGACAAAAGAUAGGCGUUUGGUUUCCAUAUCUGUGGGAACAGAGGGACCUGUGACAAGGUCUGUUGCUUGCCAGACAGACCUAGUGACAGAAAGCACUGACCAUGUGAAGAAGUUGCCUUUGACUGUACCUGCGAAGCCCUCCACACCUUCUGCAAAUGCAAAAGGGAAUGUGUGUACCAGUGCCACAAUGGUCAGACCAGGUAUUGACAGGCAGGCUUCCCAUGGUGACUUGAUGGGCUCCUCUCUGCCCACUCUUCCACCUCCAAGUGCAAGCAGAAUUGAGGAGAAUGGACCCAGCACUGGCUCAACACCUGAUCUAACAAGUAGCACACCCUCAGUUCCCAGUAGUGCUGCCCCUCUCACUGCUCAGACACCAGGCACAGCUCCUCAGAAUUCCUCGCAGACUCCACCUAUGCACAGUUUACAUUCACCAUGUGCCAAUGCAUCUUUGCAUCCAGGUCUAAACCCAAGAAUCCAAGCAGCUAGAUUUAGAUUUCAGGGUAAUGCUAAUGACCCAGAUCAAAAUGGAAAUACUACCCAAAGUCCUCCAUCAAGAGAUGUCUCUCCUACAAGUCGUGACAACCUAGUGGCCAAACAACUAGCUCGGAAUACCGUGACCCAAGCACUGUCAAGAUUUACAAGCCCUCAAGCGGGUCCUCCCCCAAGACCUGGAAUGUCCCCCACGGGGGAUGGUGGCACCUACUCUGCUGUCGGUCGGACAGGUUUAAAGACUCCUGGUGUAGCACGAGUUGACAGAGGAAAUCCUCCUCCUAUCCCUCCAAAAAAGCCAGGGCUCUCCCAAACUCCUUCUCCACCACACCCCCAACUCAAGGUUAUUAUGGAUAGCAGGGCCUCGAAUGCAGGAGCCAAAGUUGAUAACAAAAUUGUGGCUUCAUCUCCCUCCAGUUUGCCCCAAGGGAACAGGGUAAUAAAUGAGGAGAACCUCCCUAAGUCAUCCUCCCCUCAGCUGCCACCAAAACCAUCCAUAGAUUUAACUGUGCCACCCGCAGGCUGUGCUGUCUCAGCUCUGGCCACGUCUCAGGUGGGUGCCUGGCCUGCUGAAACCCCCGGACAGAACCAACCUGCAUGUUCCGACAGCUCCCUUGUCAUUCCCACCACCACUGCCUCUUGCUCUUCCAUAAACCCUGUUAGUGCUUCAUCCUCAGACAGCCUCCUGGUAACAGCAUCAGGCUGGUCACCCUCCCUAACCCCUUUGCUAAUGAGUGGUGGUCCUGCCCCCCUGGCUGGCAGGCCCACCCUUCUUCAGCAAGCUGCUGCCCAGGGAAAUGUCACUUUAUUAUCAAUGCUGCUUAAUGAAGAAGGACUGGACAUUAAUUACUCCUGUGAAGAUGGCCAUUCUGCCUUGUAUUCUGCUGCUAAGAAUGGACAUGCAGACUGUGUGAGAUUGCUGCUGAAUGCAGAAGCCCAAGUCGAUGCUGCUGAUAAAAAUGGCUUCACACCCUUGUGUGCUGCAGCUGCUCAGGGACAUUUUGAGUGUGUAGAAUUAUUAAUUGCAUAUAAUGCUCACAUUAAUCAUGCUGCUGCUGGAGGACAGACACCUCUAUACCUGGCCUGUAAAAAUGGAAAUAAAGAAUGUGUUAAACUCUUGUUGGAAGCUGGCACUGACCGAAGUGUAAAAACCCAAGAUGGUUGGACACCAGUUCAUGCAGCUGUGGAUGCUGGUAAUGUGGAUAGCCUCAAGCUUCUCAUGUACCAUAGAGCACCAGCUCCUGGAGACUGUUUGAGUGAGGAGGUGCCUGAGCCAGGCUUCUUUGCCUUGGAUGGGGGAGAAGACUGUCUUGAAGGCACGUCGAAGCCUACUGUUCCUGCAGACCUCAUUAACCACGCUGACAGAGAAGGCUGGACUGCUGCCCAUAUUGCUGCUUCAAAAGGUUUUAAGAACUGCCUAGAAAUCUUGUGUAGGCAUGGAGGGCUCGAGCCGGAAAAGAGAGACAAGUGCAAUCGGACUGUGCAUGAUGUUGCCACAGAUGACUGCAAGCAUUUGCUGGAGAAUCUGAAUGCUCUUAAAAUACCCUUAAGGAUUUCCUUGGGUGAGAUUCAACCAGGCAACUGUGGUUCUGAUGACUUUGAAUGUGAAAACACAAUAUGUGCUUUAAAUAUCCGCAAACAGACAUCAUGGGAUGAUUUUUCAAAAGCAGUGAAUCAAGCCCUGACAAAUCAUUUCCAAGUAAUCUCUUCUGAUGGAUGGUGCCGUCUGGAAGACAUGACAUUUAAUAACACUACGGACUCCGACAUCGGCCUCAGUGCAAACAGUGUACGAUCCAUCACGCUAGGAAAUAUGCCGUGGUCCACUGGUCAGAGCUUCACCCAGUCCCCAUGGGACUUCAUGAAGAAGAACAAGGCAGAGCAGGUCACUGUGCUUCUGUCAGGUCCCCAAGAAGGCUGUCUCAGUAGUGUGACUUAUGCAUCCAUGAUCCCUCUUCAGAUGCUACAGAACUACCUCAGACUGGUUGAGCAAUAUCAUAAUGUCAUUUUCCAUGGCCCAGAAGGAAGCCUGCAAGAAUACAUAGCACAUCAGCUUGCACUCUGCAUGAAGUACAGACAACUGGCUGCAGGAUUCUCCUGUGAAAUAGUGAGAGCUGAAGUGGAUGCUAGUUUCUCCAAGGAACAGCUAGUAGAUCUGUUCAUCAGUAGCGCUUGUCUGAUUCCAGUGAAACAAUCUCCAGUUAAGAAGAAAAUCAUCAUCAUCUUAGAGAAUUUGGAAAAAUCUUCAUUGUCUGAGUUGUUGGGGGACUUUUUGGCACCUCUUGAGAAUCGCAGUACUGAAAGCCCAUGUACUUUCCAAAAAGGAAAUGGAAUGUCUGAAUGUUAUUACUUUCAUGAGAACUGCUUUCUGAUGGGAACCAUUGCCAAGGCCUGUCUCCAGGGCUCCGAUUUGCUGGUACAACAACAUUUCCGCUGGGUUCAGCUGCGAUGGGAUUGUGAGCCCAUGCAAGGACUGCUACAGAGGUUCUUGAGAAGGAAAGUCGUGAAUAAGUUCAGAGGUCAGGUGCCUUUACCCUGUGAUCCUGUGUGCAGAACCGUUGACUGGGCUCUGUCUGUCUGGCGACAGCUCAACUCCUGCCUGGCCCGCUUGGGCACACCUGAAGCACUUCUAGGACCAAAGUAUUUCCUGUCUUGUCCUGUAGUCCCAGGACAUGCCCAAGCAACAGUGAAGUGGAUGUCUAAGCUGUGGAAUGCUAUCAUCGCACCCAGAGUUCAAGAAGCAAUACUAUCAAGAGCCUCUGUGAAAAGACAGCCUGGCCUUGGGCAGACUGCUGCUAAAAAGCACCCUAGCCAAGGACAGCAGGCUGUGGUUAAAGCUGCUCUCAGCAUCUUGCUUAACAAAGCUGUUCUGCGUGGCUGUCCCCUCCCCAGGGCAGAGCUAGACCAGCAUACAGCUGAUUUCAAAGGAGGAAGCUUCCCUUUGUCCAUAGUUUCAAGUUACAGCAAGAAAAAAGGAGAGAGCAGUUCCUGGAGAAAAGUGAACACCAGUCCUCGCAAGAAGCCUGGCCGCUUCUCCUCAUCCUCCUGGAAUAAGCCAGACCUGAGCCAUGAAGGUAUAAAAAGUAAGACUAUAUCGCAGUUGAAUUGUAACAGGAGUGCCUGUCCGUCAAAGCAGAAGUCCUUGGAGAAUGAUCUGUCAUUAACCUUGACUUUGGACCAGAGACUCUCUCUGGGUUCAGAUGAUGAAGCAGAUCUCGUCAAAGAACUUCAGAGUAUGUGUUCCAGCAAAUCUGAAUCUGAUAUAAGCAAGAUUGCUGAUUCCAGGGAUGAUUUAAGGAGGCUUGAUAGUUCAGGAAACAACCCUGCAUUUUCAGCAAUUGUUAAUAAUACAAGAAUGCCAGUGUCACAAAAGGAGGUCAGUCCUCUCAGCAGCCAUCAAACUACCGAACGCAGCAACAGUAAAUCAAAGACCGAGUCGGGUGUCUCAAGAGUUAAAUCUUUCCUUCCUGUUCCUAGAAGUAAAGUCACCCAGUGUUCCCAGAACACCAAAAAAAGCAGCAGCAGCAGUAAUACAAGGCAACUAGAAAUCAACAACAAUUCCAGAGAAGAGAAUUGGAACCCACACCAACACGAACAAAGUAGAAAAACCUAACCAAUAGGCCUGCCUACAACAUUCUCACUAUUAACUCCUGUAUAUUUCUCUCAAACACCAAGGACAAGAUGUAAAUACCUUCAAACACUGUAAUAUAAAGUAUGAGUGCGGGACCACUAUUCAAUCUUUUGUAAAGAAUGUAUUUAUAACUCUUUUUUUUUUAAAUUCUGUAGGAUUGAACUUCAAUAUCAAGAAGUUAUGCCAACUUUUCAAGUAGUUUUUUAAUAGAAACAUUGUAAUAGUUUUAAUCAAGAUGUUCAGGGGUAUUAGAACUCUGUACUGUAUAUUGCUCUCUGUACAUAUGUACAUAUGUAUAUUUAAGGAAACAUUGCAUAUGUUACAAAAUAUGUAUAACAUUGGCUUAGAUAAUAUGUAUCAUUUUAAAUGGAGAUCAUAAUUUUAUGUUCACUUAAUGGAGAAUGACUAGAAUGGGGCAAUAAAUAACAAAUCAUUUCUAAGCAGUUAUUUUCCAUUACAAGCCAUAUUAAGUAUUUUGCCUGUUGAAUUCUAGUUUUACAUUUUGAAUACUUUAUUGGCUACAUUGCCAUUUGGUUGCAUCAUGUAUAUAUUUAUGCUUAUGAGUUUGCAUUAUAACUCCUGUAAAAUAUGAAACUAUAAUGCAAUAAAAGUGUUAUCUUUCUUAAAAAAGUUUUGUACCUAAGUGGAUAUAAGAGAUACCUGCAUAAAGACUUCAAUAAAUUAAUUUGGAGUUAAUCCCCUCUUAAGUAUUAUUUCUAUUAGCACAACUGAUAUUAAAAUUGAUAUUUUCUAGAAGUGAUUUUCUAAAAUUAUUGAUGAAAUUAGUUAUUCAACUCAGUUAAGAUGCUUUGACACAAAAUAAAAUAUUGAAUU